CAUUUCACAGCGUGAAUUCUGUGGUUCUGAGGUGAAUUCCAUACUUCAAUUCUAUAAAAUGUUCGACAUCGAACCUGCACUAUGUUUUAAGUUCACUGGGUCGACUUUUAUAUUUCGGAAUUUGGCAACUCCAUUGUAAUGAGUGUUUCGAAAAUAUCCGGAUCCAAUAGUGGAAGACAUACACGCAACAAUUAGUUGGUUGAUUGAGUUGGGCUAGAAAUUGCCCUUGCCGCUACAUACGACACAACUUUUAACACAAUUUUGAGGCAAACUUCAUUUUGAAUAUUUACAUACUUCGUUGCUUAAACAUAAGUUCAGUUGUUGAUUUACUUAUUAUAUAUGAAGUUUUAGCGGAAGCAAAAGAACAGGACCAAAAAAACAUUCGGAAAAAAAGAAAAUGGUCUAAAAUGUGGUUGCAAAAUCAAAUGAAUUUUCAAAUAACAAGCUUUUGAAGACGUUGAGAGAAACCGAGACAAAAGACUGCAAGAAUUACAUGCGCAUGAGCGAUGAUCUUCUCUUCAAAGUGAAAGUUUUUAUUGAAAAAAACGGACACAAUAAUGCGAGAAGCAAUUAGUGCAGAGAAUCGUUUGGCAAUAAGUUUAAGAUUUUUGGCUACCGGAAACUCAUCUGAAGACCAAAAAUUUUCAAAAGUAAUAUUUGCGCAAGCGGUUCUUAAAAUUGUAAUUGAGACAUACGAGGCCAUUACUAAAGUAAAAGACUCAAUUAAGCUUCCUAAAACACCUGAGCAAUGGAUGGCUGUAGCUGAUCAAUUUUAUGAGAAGUCGAUGUUUCCCAACUGUCUAGGCGCGCUCCUUGAAAAGCACAUAAAUAUUUCACGUCUUCCUAACUCCGGUUCAUUCUAUUCUAAUUAUAAAAAGACAUUCAGUAUUGUCUUGUUGGCAAUUGUUGACAGCAACUCCAACUUUUUAAUGGUAGAUGUAGGUGCAAAUGGACGAAUUUCCGAUGGAGGCGUUUUCAGAAAUUCGAAAUUUUUUAAAAAAUUAGAAAGUGGAAGUUUAUAUUUACCGGAACCACAAGCAAUGCUUGCAGACGGAUCUUCGUCCCCUUUGUAUUUGUUUAAAACCAUUUGGUCACAACAAUUUGACAGAGAAUGAAAUGCUGCUUAACAAAACUCUGAGCUCAG